AACAGUCAAAAGUGGUAGAGCCAAUUGUGUAUUCUCUCCCACUGUAAAACCCUCACUCCGGCAGCCGCCGCAUAUUUCAAAACCCUAAAUCUCUCUCUAUCUCUCGUUUCACGACGGCCGCCAUGGAAGAGGUCUGCGAGGGCAAGGACUUCUCCUUCCCAAAGCAAGAGGAGAAGAUUCUCCAAUACUGGUCCAAUAUCAAAGCCUUCGAGACUCAAUUGUCCCUCACCGAGCACCUCCCCGAGUACGUCUUCUACGACGGCCCGCCCUUCGCCACCGGCCUCCCUCACUACGGCCACAUCCUCGCCGGCACCAUCAAGGACAUCAUCACCCGCUACCAGUCCAUGACCGGCCACCACGUCACGCGCCGCUUCGGCUGGGACUGCCACGGCCUCCCGGUAGAGAACGAGAUUGACAAGAGGCUGAACAUCACGCGCCGCGAGCAGGUUCUGGAAAUGGGGAUCGGCAAGUACAACGAGGAGUGCCGCAGCAUCGUGACGAGGUACGUGGAGGAUUGGGAGAAGAUUAUAACUCGCACUGGGCGGUGGAUCGAUUUUCGGAACGAUUACAAGACUAUGGACUUGAAGUUUAUGGAGAGUGUGUGGUGGGUUUUCGCCCAGAUUUAUAAGAAGGAUCUUGUUUACAAGGGCUUCAAGGUCAUGCCGUUCAGCACUGGUUGCAAGACACCGCUUUCGAAUUUCGAGGCGAAUCAAGAUUACAGGGAUGUUCCUGAUCCUGAAGUUAUGGUGGCUUUUCCAAUUAUUGGUGACUCUGAUGAGGCAAGUUUUGUGGCUUGGACAACUACUCCGUGGACCCUUCCCAGCCAUCUAGCACUCUGUGUCAAUGCAAAUUUGACCUAUUUGAAGGUUCGCGGCAAGUACACAAAAAAAGUAUAUGUCGUUGCUGAGUCUCGGUUGUCUGCUCUUCCUAAUGAUAAACCAAGAGAAAGUUUACCAAAUGGGUCUGUAAAAAAGGAAGCAGUCGACAAAUCAUAUGAGGUCCUGCAGAAAAUGUCAGGGGCUUCUUUAGUGGGCGCAAAGUAUGAACCACCAUUUGACUACUUUAAGGAGUUAACUGAUGUUGCAUUUAGAGUUGUUGCGGAUGAUUAUGUCACUGAUGACAGUGGUACUGGAAUUGUCCACUGUGCUCCUUCAUUUGGUGAAGACGAUUAUCGAGUAUGCCUUGAAAAUAAUGUUAUCAGUAAGGGAGAGACCUUGAUUGUAGCAGUUGAUGAAGAUGGAUGCUUUACUGAAAAAAUUACCGACUUCAGCAAGCGCUAUGUCAAAGAUGCAGAUAAAGAUAUUAUUGAUGCACUGAAGAGGAAAGGAAGGCUUGUAAAGUCUGGAACAUAUAUGCAUUCUUAUCCUCAUUGCCCAAGAUCGAAAACUCCACUUAUUCAAAGAGCUGUUCCAAGUUGGUUUAUCCGUGUGGAGCUGUUGAAAGAAAAAUUGUUAGAGAACAACAAGCAGACAUACUGGGUUCCAGAUUUUGUAAAGGAAAAACGAUUCCACAAUUGGCUAGAAAAUGCCAGAGAUUGGGCGGUUAGUCGAAGUAGAUUUUGGGGAACUCCUCUCCCCGUGUGGAUUAGUGAGGAUGGUGAGGAAAGAGUAAUUAUGGAGUCCAUUGAGAUGCUCGAAAAGCUUUCUGGUGUUAAGGUUUUUGAUCUUCACCGGCACAAUAUUGAUCAUAUCACUGUUCCAUCAAGCCGUGGUCCUCAAUUUGGUGUUCUUCGACGUAUUGAUGAUGUGUUUGAUUGUUGGUUCGAGAGUGGUUCCAUGCCUUAUGCAUAUAUCCACUAUCCUUUUGAAAACGUUGAACUUUUUGAGAAAAACUUUCCUGGAAAUUUUGUGGCUGAAGGGCUGGAUCAGACUCGUGGAUGGUUUUACACUUUAAUGGUGUUAUCUACUGCAUUAUUUGAGAAACCUGCCUUUCAGAAUCUCAUCUGCAAUGGACUUGUACUUGCUGAGGAUGGAAAGAAAAUGAGUAAAAGUCUGAAAAAUUAUCCUCCACCAACUGAUGUUAUCGAUCAGUAUGGAGCUGAUGCAGUACGGUUAUACCUAAUUAACUCUCCUGUUGUACGUGCGGAGCCAUUACGUUUCAAGAAGGAAGGAGUUUAUGGUGUUGUCAAGGACGUAUUUCUUCCAUGGUACAAUGCAUAUAGGUUUCUUGUCCAGAAUGCAAAAAGACUCGAGGUUGAAGGGUUUGCCCCUUUUGUGCCUAUUGAUCAAGCGACUCUACAAGAGUCAUCUAAUGUGCUUGACCAGUGGAUCAAUUCGGCCACACAGAGUCUUGUGUAUUUUGUCCGUCAGGAGAUGAAUGGUUAUAGACUUUAUACGGUGGUUCCAUACCUUUUGAAAUUUCUCGACAACUUGACAAAUAUCUAUGUGAGGUGCAAUCGCAAGAGGUUGAAGGGGCGUACAGGUGAAGAAGAUUGUAGGGUGGCGCUGUCAACACUUUACAAUGUACUUUUGGUAUCAUGUAAAGCGAUGGCCCCAUUAACACCAUUUUUCACCGAGGUCCUUUUUCAAAACAUGAGGAAAGUUUCCAACGCAGUGGAGGAAAGCAUUCAUCACUGCAGCUUCCCCGAAGCAGAAGGCAAGAGGGAUGAACGUAUCGAGCAAAGUGUUUCAAGGAUGAUGACAAUAAUUGAUCUGGCCCGUAAUAUUCGUGAGAGACAUAAUAAACCUCUUAAAACGCCCCUCAGGGAGAUGGUUAUUGUUCAUCCUGAUCUGGACUUUCUUGAUGAUAUUGCUGGAAAGCUGAAAGAGUAUGUGCUGGAGGAACUUAAUGUGCGAUCUCUUAUUCCAUGUAAUGAUACAUUGAAGUAUGCCUCAUUACGUGCAGAGCCCGAUUUUAGCGUUCUGGGUAAGCGGCUAGGAAAACAUAUGGGAGUUGUUGCUAAAGAAGUCAAGGCAAUGUCGCAGGAAAGCAUUUUAGCAUUUGAGAAAUCUGGAGAAGUUACUCUUUCUGGUCAUUGCUUAAAGCUGACUGACAUCAAGGUUGUUAGGGAUUUCAAGCGUCCUGAUGGCGCUAUAGAAACCGAAGUUGAUGCAACAGGAGAUGGUGAUGUGUUGGUGAUUUUGGAUUUACGUCCGGAUGAGUCGUUGUUUGAUGCUGGUGUUGCUCGAGAGAUUAUCAACAGAAUCCAGAAGUUAAGAAAGAAAUCGGCUCUAGAACCUACUGACUUGGUGGAAGUCUACUUUGACUCUUUGGAUAAAGAGGAUAAGGAUAAAGCAGUUUCACAGAGGAUUUUGCAAUCACAGGGACAAUACAUUAAGGAUGCCAUUGGUUCGCCGUUGCUUCCUGCUAGUGUGAUGCCAUCACAUGCUGUCCUCGUUGGGGAAGAGAGUUUUCAUGGGAUCUCUGGCAUUUCAUUUGAUAUCAAACUGGCCAGGCCUGCUUUAGUGUUCAACUCAGAUGCUAUUGUUGCUUUAUAUUCGGGAAACUCAGAAUUCUCGAGGUGUCUGCAAACUUACUUAUUGUCAAGGGAUCAUGGAAAUCUAAAGACUGAGUUUCAACAGGGAAACGGAAAGAUAACUGUUGACUGCAUCGAAAAUGUGCCUGUCGUGACUUUGGUGUUGAGGCAACACGUGUAUUUGACUGUUGGGGAGUUCUUUUGUAGAACCAACUCGCUGUAGACGAUUCUCUAGGGCCUUAUUGGAGUUUUACCGUGCGCUAACUCUCUCUAAACGCCAUCUCUCUCAUAGUCCCUUCCCUCUUCCAAUUCACCACCGACGCAUUUGUGGCAUUGGUGACGACUUCGUUGCUGGAGUCUCCAAGAGUUUUUGAAUCUGCUAUCGAUUCAGGACAAAGCUUUGGAGGACGACAACGAGACCUCGAAGCUUCCAUCACCGAGAUCUCAAAGCUUGCUUUGAAUGGUUUAUGGAGAAAGAUCGCUUCUUUGUGGGUAGAAGGGUUUCUGAGUCCGAAUCUGGUGAGGCUACGUCUUCUGCAUGUAAGGUGGAGCUGUCUGGUAAUUGCUUGAGGUAUCUUGGAUUUGGAUUACAAUGGUUGUUAUUAGGCUUAGUUUGCAUUCAGAGUGACAUUCAUGAAUUACAUGAAGGCUCGAGUUCGUGGUUUUAGGUGACAACUGACAAGUAUGUGAC